GUUUCAUGUCCUCUAAGUGUGUAAAUAAAGAAAAUCCAAAGUGCGACUGAAAAUACUCAAGAAAUAAUUUCUUUGGAUGUAACAGCAUCUGAAAAUCUAAUGAGUGCUGUUUUAUAAAAAGUUGAAUCGAAUCUGUGAAAUAAAAUAAUGAAAAGUUAAGAACAAAUUCCACCUACAAUUAAACAAAGUUUCGAAAGCUGUGAACUUAUUCGAAAUAAGGCUUAAACCACAGUCGUUGGUUUUAACAAAAAUAAGCUGAUAAGUGAUAGUAUAAAAAGAAAAAACUCACAGAACGUGAUAUCAAAAUCAUUUCAUCAUGAUGCAUAUGUACUUUUGGUGGGGCGAUGAUCUCGGAGACUUUUUCAUACAAGGCUUCAAAAUUAAUACAGUGCACUCAAUGGUUCUUCUUUGUUUAUGUUUGUUUAUCUUAUCAAUUGCUGUAGAGGGACUGAAAGUACAUAGAACACGAUCAAGAGCAAGAGCCGCUCGUGAGAAAAGUAGAUCCUUAUCCUGUUCACCCAGCGAAAACACAAUUCUCAUUUCAACGGAUGGAAACAGAAACAAAAAAUUUCUUCCUGAGAUUUUCAAUGGCAUCAAGGAAGUUUCUAUUUUUGCUUUUCAUAACAUCCUUAACUAUGGAUUAAUGUUGGCCGUUAUGAUGUAUAAUGGAUAUAUUUUUGUCGCUGUAGCUAUGGGAGCUUUCAUUGGAUAUUUCCUUUUUGGACAUCUCAGUAUGAAAAUCAAUAUGGAAAAUCUUCAAGCAAUUCAAACAAAAAUUGUUUGCUCAAGUCGAUGUGCUGAUUCUGAAGAGCCAUGUACGUCUGGAACAACGCCAAUUGUGUCGCAUUGUCCGACAGUUGUUGGAGAAGGAAGUUCUUCAGGAGUAGCUAUCAUGAGAGCAAUAAGCAGCAGUUCUCAAAGACGAGAUUCAAGUAGCAGCGAUGACUGUGCCAUUAUGGCUGCCAAACAUAAGCUUCAUUCAUCACAAUUUCAUCCAACUUUGAGGAAACUAAAUGAGCCAAAUGUUGAGAUAACAGCAACGAAUUUAAUGUAUCCAGUUUUUCUUUUGGAAGAUGACAAUGCCCUCGAGGAAAUUCCAUCAAUGCCAAAUGUAUACCGAUAUGGUUUAAAGAAAUUAAUUGAGCAUCUUGCACCAUUAGUUGAGCUCGGCCUAAGUUCGAUUCUAAUUUUUGGUGUUCUUGUGAAAUUGCCGAAAGAUGAAAAUGGUACUCAUGCAGACUCGAACUCAAAUCCUGUUAUUAGAGCUCUUCCCCUUUUAAGACAAAGAUUCCCCGAACUUCUCAUUGGAUGCGACGUCUGCUUAUGCCCUUACACUUCUCAUGGUCACUGUGGUAUUGUCAUUAAUGAUGCUGCUAAGUCAGCUCCACAGUUUGGUGAUCGACGAGCUUAUCAGUUGCCAUCUGGUUCGAGGGGAUUGGGCAUUAGGGCCGCAAGACGUGAUAUUGAUGAAGGUGCUGACAUGCUUAUGGUUAAACCUGGAAUGUCAUAUUUAGAUAUUGUUCGUGAUGUUAAGAAUGAAUUUCCAGAAUAUCCAUUGUUCAUUUAUCAAGUAUCUGGUGAAUACUCCAUGCUUAUUCACGGAGCAAAAGCUGGUGCAUUUGAAUUAAAAACUGUGUUGAAUGAAGUUUUAACUUCAAUGAGACGUGCUGGUGCAGAUUGCAUCAUCACAUAUUUCGUGCCCACAUUGCUUCAAUGGAUGAAGACUGAUCGUUUGAAUUAA